CGGGGCGUGGCCUCCCGGCCGAGGCGGGCGGUGGCGGCGGCGCCAUGGCGGCAUCGCCGAGCGCCCUGCGGCGGGCUGGGAACGAGGAGUUCCGCCGCGGGCAGUACGGACCAGCUGCCGAGCUCUAUACCCGUGCGCUAGAGCUGCUGGAGGCCGCAGGGGAGGCCACCGCCGAAGAGCGGAGUGUGCUGCUUGCCAACCGUGCCGCCUGCUACCUCAAGGACGGAGCCUGCAGCCUCUGCGUCGCCGACUGCAGCACCGCUUUGGAGCUCGUCCCUUUCGGGGUCAAACCCCUUCUGAGGCGGGCCGCGGCCUUCGAGGCCCUGGAGAAGUACCGGCUGGCUUACGUGGACUACAAGACGGUGCUGCAGGUGGACUGCACCAUCCAGGCAGCUCACGACGGCGUCAACAGGAUGACUAAAGCCCUGCUGGAGAAGGAUGGUGUGCACUGGCGCCAGAAGCUCCCGCCAAUCCCCACAGUCCCAGUUGCUGCCCAGACAAGGUGGAGCGGUCCUUCUGCUGGAGGCUCUGGGGCAAACACUUCUGUGACUGCACUGAGGGGAGAACCAGAUCAGGCUGCUGCUGGCACAGAGAGAGCUCGAACUCUGAAGGAAGAGGGAAAUGAACUUGUAAAGAAAGGAAAACAUGAAAAAGCAGUUGAGAAGUACAGUGAGAGUUUAAAGCUCAACCAGGAAUGUGCCACUUACACUAACAGAGCUCUCUGUUACCUGUCUCUGAAGCAGUACAAGGAGGCAGUACAGGACUGCACAGAAGCUCUGAGUUUAGAUCCUAAAAAUGUUAAGGCACUCUACAGACGUGCUCAAGCACUGAAAGAACUGAAGGAUUAUAAGUCAAGCAUUGCUGAUAUCAAGAGCUUGUUGAAAACUGAACCAAAGAACACAGCUGCACUGAGAUUGCUGCAAGAACUGAACAGAACCUAGGGUAACCAAGCAACAAGGAAAGCUUUGUUUUCCACUGCAGAAUAACGUUUUUCCCCUUCUAAUAAAGAUAGAGGGACCAAUCUUAACACAGGAUCUUUCACUGCUGCUGAGAUGUUCUGUGCUGGCACAAUGAAUGUCAAGACACAAUCUGUAUCAAACUCUGUUACCUGGCUCUCUCCUCAAAAUUAAUGCCCCCUCUGAGAGGCAUACAGUUUAGCUUCCCUGGGUGAAGUCAUCUUUUCUGCAACCAUUGGCCUCAGGGACUUUUUAGGUUGGCUGAAAUGCAUGUGAAGUGACAGUUUUCUUUCUGAGGAGCUACAGAGGUUUUUUUUUUUUUGCCCUUAAUCAGGUGACAGUUCUGCUGCUUUUGUGCUGCUAUCACUUAAGGUUGCUGCAGGAACUGCUGCAGUUGCCCUUGCACCAGUAGUACCAUUCUUGUGAUGGAGGCACAGUUACUUGUGCAGGGCUGAGCUUGUUCUCUUUCCCCCUUGAUACCUGCUGGCCCUCAGGUGAGUUUCUGCUGCCUAAUGUGGCUGAGCAGAUGUUUACAGUAGCAGCUUUCCUUCAGUUUUCAUUAUUCUGCACAUUUAAGAAGACAGCAGCAAGUUAAGCCUGCCUUGUUACACUGUGCAUUACUUUCACAUUCUGGGUGCUUGGGAAUUUUAAAAGUGGUGGGUUUUUAGACCACUUCUAGCUCCUUUGUGCCUUUUGGAGCAGUUAUGGGAUGUCACAGGGAGGAAGAUACACAGUAACAUCCCUGCUGAAGUCUGGCUUGUUACUUCAUGCAUGAUUAUUGUUUUUGAUUUUCUUAUCUGGUAGUCAUGGCACUGAUGGCAUGGGAGGUAAGGAGAUACUUGGAGAUAUUCUGUGAACCAUUAAACCCAGUUCUCAUUAAAGCCAUUUUUAUUUUCACUACA